AGGGGAGUAUAUGGUCGAUGAAAAAACUUCGAUGUGUUUAUUGACUUUGAUCGGUCCUUUUGAGCUCGAUGUGCGGUCGGAGGCUGCAGUGACAGCGCUGCUGUGUGAAGGAGAGUCAAUCUGACAGCAGCACAUACUUCAUGAGGAAAAGGCUCAGGGCGCAGUUGAAACUCUAUCGUCUUUGCGGGAAUCUGAUACAAAGUGUUUCACGUGGAAAUGGCCGUGAUUAGGAAUCACAGGCUGCGGUUGUGUUUAUAUGUUGGAAAGGAAAUGAUUUGGUAAUAGAAACUAAGCCGGAGUCCACUCCAGCUGUAGCUUUUCUCUCCUGUGGCUCGUUUCUGUCUCUACAUUAUUGAUUCCCAGAGGCUGCUGCUGCUGCUGCUGCUGCUGCUGCUCUUGGCCAAUAAGCUCCUGAGACGGUUUUUUUUGGUCAAAGGGAUGAGAGAAGAUGAAGUGAUGAGAUUGGUGUAACUUUUGGAUGACCCCUUCUUGACAAAGACAGUGUCCAUCAAUUGUCCUCAGUCAUUAUUCGCUGCUUCUAUGCCAAGGGGCUUUUUGUCUUUUGUUGGUUUCUCUGUUGAACACUGCGCCUUCAAGUUACACUUUAAAUAAGAAGAAGAUGUGUUUAAAUCUGUUCACACAAAACAACAUCAUAACCACGGACUUUAAUUUAUAAUUCUAUACAUUUUGACACCUUUUAAUUGAAACAAAACACUGAAUUGUGUUGUUUUAUUUGUUUUUCCAGCUUGUUUUGUUUUUCUUUCAAAACUUAAAACACUGGCAUUUCACUGUAAUAUUAUAUAACGUGACAUUAAUCCCUGGAUGCAUCUUAAGUCGGAUAAUAUUGCUCUUAGUUGUAUGUUUACUCGUGUGUGGACCAGCAUCACCUCCAUUGGCCGAUCUGGUCACAUGGUUCGCUAACUUUAUUCAGUUGACACCAAGUAGGAGGGCUUUAUGGAGGGAGGAAAAAAAGACAACUCGAGAAAAAUUAGUAUUUUCUACCUUCAGAAAUUAAUGGCCAUGAGUUCGUAUAUGGUGAACUCUAAGUAUGUGGACCCGAAAUUUCCUCCCUGCGAGGAAUAUUCACAAAAUAGCUACAUACCUGAGCAGGGCUCGGACUACUUCAGUCCCUCGCAGGACACAGACUUUCAGCAUCCAGGGAUCUACCCACGGCCAAACUACACGGAGCAGCCCUUCAGCUGCAACACCGUGCAGGACUCCACAGUGCAGCCACGGGGUCAUGUGCAGGAGAGAUCCGGCCACGCGAGUCCUUUUAGCGCACAGACUGAGCGGAGUCCGCCGGUCCCAGUGUCCGGACCCCGGACUUGUGGACAGCAGCAAAACACAAAGAGCCAAAAUGGGAUACAAGCCAAGCAGCCUGCAGUAGUUUAUCCCUGGAUGAAGAAAGUCCACGUAACUACUGUGAACCCAGAUUACACAGGGUCGGAGCCCAAACGGUCCAGAACAGCUUAUACCCGGCAGCAGGUUUUGGAGCUGGAGAAGGAGUUUCAUUUUAACAGGUAUCUAACCAGGCGGCGGCGGAUUGAGAUUGCCCACACGCUCUGUCUCUCCGAAAGGCAGAUUAAAAUCUGGUUUCAGAACAGACGGAUGAAAUGGAAGAAAGAUCACAAGCUACCCAACACCAAGGGCAGAUCUGCACCAGCUCCCAGCCAUCUGCAAAGCAUCCAGAAGGAUAACCAGACUGAUAUCACAGCAUUAUAAAAGAGGGGAGGGUGACCCAUCUUUACAAAUUAACUGUACAUAAAAAAAGACAACGGUUGCCUGACUUUUGCAUGGACUGAUGUCGGUUUUUUUUUUCAUCUCUUUAUAUAUUUUUUUAAUUUAACAAAAAAAAAAGACCCCAGCAGUGUGACUCAAGAGUCCGAAAAAUCAAUCAGUCUUCAAGCCUAUUCUUUGAUAUUUUAUUAUUAUUAUUAUUUUUUCAUCAGAGACACAAAUACAUCCAAACUUUUUUUUCUUCCAUUUUUAUUUUUUUUAUUUUUUUCGUUGUCCUCUGGACGCUUCACCUUUUUUGAGGACAUUUAAUCAUCAACCUCGGCUGAUUUCAUGGAUUUAAACAAAGUCCUCCAACGUGGAUUCACGGUGAUUUACAGAGUGGAACAUCUGUAGUCAGAACAGGGAAGCCCUUCUUUCAAAUUACACACACUCACACACACAAAUCUAUUGUUUCAGUUGUUUUUCUUUACCCUGGUGAAACUUAAUAUCAACCGCACAAUAAAUAAAUAAACACAAACAUGUAUAGAUCGAUAUAUAUAUCAAUAUAUAUAUGAAUAUAUAUAUACUUGAAGCAUUAUUUGCAUAAAAGCACGCCAAACACAACCUACUUUUUCGUAAACUGCAAAAUUCCCGCUGAAUAUUUCAGUCCUACGUGUCUUUGUGACUUGUAUAUGUUUUUAACUUAUUUUGUACAAUAAAGCCUUGAAGAAAAUUAUUAUUUUUUCUUAGCCUAAAUAUGAUUCCCGAAAGCGAGACAUUCCCGUGUGCAUACUAUUCUGAGUGCCCUUAUAAAUCUCUCCUGACAUCUCUGUAAACAGUGUACAUUUUCAGAGGCUCUCUCUCUCUCUUUCUUUCUCUCUCUCUCUCUCUCUCUCUCUCUCUCGUGCCAUUUCAAACUCUUACAUGAAAGAUCAUUUUGUUCCUGCAUGGCAUCGACUUGAUAUUUGGAUGAUUCUCCUCGGAAAUAAUCAAAUCCGGAAUAUUUAGGAUUAUAAUUAUAUUUUUUUCCUUCUUGAAAUGAGUUCCACGCCAUUUAUUUAUUUAAAAAAACGAACGUGUACAUUAUUUUUUAAAAUUCAAAUAGCAGACAUGCAAUUUAAUUAUAAGAGCAUUCGUUAAACUUUAAUUAAUCUACGAAUAUGUUUGAACUCUUGUGCAUUAUUAGCAUGGCUUUAUGCAAAAGUUUUAGUCUUAGUUAAUGUGUGUGGAGGAGAGUGGGGGGGCUGGAUAAUAUAGUUUUUCAUUAAACGCCAGGCAAAGCGUGGGGGGUGCUUUCACGUCACGUUGCAAGACAGAUAUUUCUUGUUUUACACUGUUAUUGUCUUCGGACACAAAACAAAAAAAAAGGCCCAGAAGCUCUCUCAGAUACGAGGAGGUCUUCUCUGUUAAGUCUUCACCAUGAGACAGUUGAAAAGGUAUUUCAACCGAAGGUCGACAAAGCAGCAGUGGCAGGUUCAUGCAGAGGACACGUUUCAGCCGCAAGGACUGACCCCAGCACCCCCUGACCCGCCGGACAGGCAGCAUUUUCUCUCCCAGGCGCCUUUUCUUCUUCUUUUUUUUGGAGAAUUCUUCUUCUUCUUCUUCUUCCUACACUUUAAAAAUCUCGCAAAACGCAAAGUAAGAGUCCGUGCGUGGAAACACGCGUUGUUUUUGUAAAAACAGUAUUUAUAUCAAACACGACCCCCCC